CAGCUCGCCGCCAUCGGGGGGUGCUCCUCGUUGAGGGGGUCGUACGUGUGGCAUGAGGCAGGGGGAAGGGGGUGUGUGUGAGACUGCCUUUUGCCAGUUCAUGAUGCCGCCAGACUCUAUCGUCCCCGUCGAAAUGUCACAUGCCCUACCAUGGGGGCGGUUGAGCUAACGAGAGAAGGCUCGACGCGACCAUGUUGGUGCGGCCGCCGCCCUGUAGCCGCGAUGGAGCCAAGGUCUAUAAGAGUGUAGAGUUUCCUCCCAUCUCUGCAUCAUCUGGACCCUCUUCUCUCCAAGCCUCCCGCCCAGUCCUGCCGAGCACGGAUACCUUCUUUUCUUCUUUUCCCACUUUUUGUCUUUCUUUUUUGGGUUUCACCCCACCAUUCGCUCGCUGCCGGUCAGCAGUCAUCAGACUUUCAAAAUGCACACUCCUUCGUUUAUCCAGCUCAUUGCCGCUGGUCUGGUCGCCACCUCGACCGUUGCCAGCUUUGGUCUGAGCAGCCCCUCCGGGCUUGCCCUCCGCCAUGUUGGUGCUCUUGCUGUUCUCGUCGCCCCGGCCCUAGCUGCCCCUAAUGUCGGCCCCACCAAGGCCGAUGUCGAGAUCCGUGCCGUGGAGGAGGAGGAGGAGGCCGAUCUCGAAGUCAGGGACCCCCAGAAGAAGAAGCGUCGCAAGAAGGCUAAGAAGGCUAAGGCUACUAACGUCAAGGCCAAGAAGGCCGUCGCGCGCCGCGAUGUGACCGAAGAGGCCGCGGUCGCCAGUGACCUGGCCGCCCAUGCGUCGGGUUCUGAAGGCCCCACCGUUGGCAUCCGCGAGGCUGCCGCGAGCGCCGGCGAGGAUGAGGGUGGCGACCUCGAAGCCCGGGAUCCCCAGAAGAAGAAGCGUCGCAAGAAGGCUAAGAAGGCUAAGGCUACUAACGUCAAGGCCAAAAAGGCCGUCGCGCGCCGCGAUGUGACCGAAGAGGCCGCGGUCGCUAGCGACGUUUCCGCUCUGGACCACGACGAGGUUGAGGCCGAGGGCGGUGAUCUCGAGGCCCGGGACCCCCAGAAGAAGAAGCGCCGCAAGAAGGCUAAGAAGGCUAAGGCUACCCGUCGCGAUCUUACCAGCGGGUCCGCCGCCACCAAGCUCGAGGCCCGCGAUGUCUCUGCCCUCGACCACGAUCACGACCACGAUAUCACGGCCGCUUCCACUGAGGAGGAGGGAGGCGACCUCGAGGCCCGGGACCCCCAGAAGAAGAAGCGCCGCAAGAAGGCUAAGAAGGCUAAGGCUACCCGUCGCGGCGUCGCCAUCUAAGCGGACGCCGGCUCUGGCUGGAUUCCGGCCAUUGUCGCAUGCGUGGCCGAUCUCCUCUUCCUCGUCUUUUUAUUUUUGUGACGGUCAAUCUGUCUUAAUCACUUGCCUCUUUUUUGCUCUUUUCCCUCUUUUCUCGUUCCUCAGCUGGUCGGUAGUUGGCACGGAGGUUGGUGCGUAUUUUGGAAGUUUGGUGGUCAGUUUAUGGCUGGAGUCAAGAUGCUGCGGACCACACCGCAGCCGGGUUGGGGGCUUCCUCGGUUGUUGGUAGUACAAGUAGCGAAAUCCAAACAGGACAUUGGGCCCUGCGUUUUCUGUG